AGAAAAUUGGAAAGCGUCAACAAAACAAAUGUGCGCUGAAGUUAUUUUACGUUAGGUAUCCGUGAUUUUUCUUCAAAGUUAAACAAAAGUUGUCCAAACAAAACAAUGUCUGACGAGGAAGUCAUCAAACGUCGGCUGCAAAUUGAUGGCGAUGGGACCGGGGACGAUAGGCGUUUGAAUGAUUUGCUUAAGACUUUCAUCAAGUGGUGUAAUUCGAAUGAUGCGCCAGAAAAUAGUCAACCGAUUUACGAUAGGUUGCUCGCGCAAUUGGCGCUCUGUGAGUUCGACAUGAAAAAGUCCGAUUUCUACGCGAACGUCAUGCAGCAGGAGCUGAAAAACUACGCCGGCAUCUCGGACGCCAUCGAGUCGGGCAUCGAGACGGCCAAAACGCAGAUUGGACAGAGCAAGCAGAAUCUGGUGCUGGCCAAGAAGAUUCGAAAGAAUCGCAUGCAAUACGACGUGCUGGCAAAAAUCAUCAACCAGCAACCGGACCGGAAAGAAACGGUUCAGCAGCUGGAAUCCUUGAAACUGGAGCUCGAUCAGCUGAAGGACAGCAAGGCGGAUCUGGAACGGAAGCUGGAGACGAAAAAGAAAGACUUUACGGUCCUGAUGCGGUCCAUCGUGGAGCUGCAGAAUAAGCUGGACCCUUUGAUGACGGUAACGGCGGCGGGCACAUCGGAUACCUGCGACGACGAUGCGAUGGACGUAAGUGCAACACCGGCUGCGGAUGAGAAGAUUCCCGGCGAUGAAAUGCUGGUGGUCGAAGAGGAGGACGAUGCCGCCAGUUCGGACAACGACGAGGUGAUACUGUCCUCGCCGGAGAAACCCAACUAGUAGAGCCCAACAGGUGCAGCGAGAGGAUUUAUUAUGUAAGA